GUUUCAGAUUCUACUGGGACCUUUGUAUGCUCCUCCUCUUAGUGGCUAACCUGAUAAUAUUACCAGUGGCAAUAAGUUUCUUUAACGAUGAUCUGAGCACCCGCUGGAUUGCCUUCAACUGUCUGUCCGAUACAAUUUUUUUAAUCGAUAUUGUUGUAAAUUUUAGAACAGGUAUUAUGCAGCAAGACAAUGCAGAACAAGUCAUAUUAGAUCCGAAACUGAUAGCGAAGCACUACCUGAGGACGUGGUUUUUCCUCGAUCUAAUUUCGUCCAUUCCUCUAGAUUAUAUAUUUUUAAUAUUCAACCAAUUCCAGGACUAUGGCGACAGCUUCCAGAUCCUGCACGCGGGCCGUGCCCUGCGAAUCCUGCGGCUGGCCAAGCUGCUGUCGCUGGUGCGCCUGCUCAGGCUCUCCAGGCUCGUCAGAUACGUCAGCCAGUGGGAGGAGGUCUAUUUUCUCAAUAUGGCAAGCGUUUUCAUGAGGAUAUUCAAUCUCAUUUGUAUGAUGCUUCUCAUCGGCCACUGGUCUGGAUGCCUACAAUUUCUGGUUCCGAUGCUGCAAGGGUUCCCGGCGAAUUCUUGGGUGGCUAUCAACGAAUUACAGGAAGCCUUCUGGCUGGAGCAGUACUCAUGGGCCCUGUUCAAGGCCAUGUCGCACAUGCUGUGCAUCGGGUACGGCCGCUUUCCCCCGCAGUCGCUCACCGACAUGUGGCUCACGAUGCUCUCGAUGAUCUCCGGAGCGACGUGCUACGCGCUCUUCCUGGGCCACGCCACCAACCUCAUCCAGAGUCUGGACUCGUCAAGGCGGCAGUACCGCGAAAAGGUGAAACAAGUGGAAGAGUACAUGGCGUACCGCAAACUCCCGCGCGAGAUGCGCCAGCGGAUCACGGAGUACUUCGAGCACCGCUACCAGGGCAAGUUCUUCGACGAGGAGUGCAUCCUGGGGGAGCUGUCAGAGAAGCUGCGCGAGGACGUCAUCAACUACAACUGCAGGUCGCUGGUGGCGUCGGUGAUAUUAUAAUAAAGGAAGGCACCAUCGGUUCCAAGAUGUACUUCAUCCAAGAAGGAAUCGUCGAUAUAGUGAUGUCGAACGGGGAGGUGGCUACUAGUCUCAGCGACGGCUCGUACUUCGGGGAGAUCUGCCUGCUGACGAACGCUCGCAGAGUGGCCUCGGUGAGGUCGGAGACGUAUUGCAACCUGUUCUCACUGUCGGUGGACCAUUUUAACGCCGUUCUGGACCAGUACCCCCUGAUGCGGCGCACCAUGGAAUCGGUGGCCGCGGAGAGGCUAAACAAAAUAGGCAAGAAUCCCAACCUACUAGCGCACAGAGAAGAAGACUUGGGCAGCGAGAGCAAAACGAUCAGUGCCGUAGUGAACGCUCUGGCUGCAGAGGCGGACCAUGUAAAUAGAUCCGAGGAAUCCUUGGCCCGUCUGAAUGCCAGCGACCACAGCCUGCAAGAACUCGGCAGGGCCCUGCAGAGACUCACCCUACCCAGGCCCAAGUCCGAGAGUAACUUCGCGUCGCAGGUGUGUUGA